AUGCAUCAACAAAUUGCGAUAAAAAGGAAAUUGAGCGAUCGAAAAAAUGAGUUUAAUGGGGAUUUUUCGUCAAGUGAACAUGUUAAUUUUUUGAAAAAAAGUAAAUUAAAUUUAAUAAGGCACCCACUUGGUAUAAUGCCAUUGGGUAAUUAUUAUAUUGAUUCUACAGAAAAAGGGUUUCGUAAAAACCGUCGAGAAACCAGUCUUGGUGCAUUUGCACAUUUAACGGACGAAAUAAUUUUAGAAAUUUUUGGACAUCUUAAUGUAAAAGAAUUAUUAACUUUAGGAUUUACAAGCCAAGUAUUAUACUGUUUCUCAUCUUUUGAAGAAUUGUGGAAACAGCUUACAAUCCGAAUGUUUAAUGGUGAUUGGUGGUGGUACGGUACCUGGAAGUUAACAUACUUAAAGCGAUCAGAUUCUAAAUACGAUGUAUAUUCGUUCAUCAAACCUGCAGUAAACGUAACUCAUUUUUACAGUGAUGUACUCUUUCAACCAUUCCUGUAUAGUUUGACAGAAGUUGAUCGAUUCUUGGGAACAGAAACGAUUAAUCGUCGUUCAAAUUUAAGUAUGGAAGAAUUUAAUUCAAACUAUGCUGCAAAAAAUAGACCAGUAAUUAUUACAGAUGUAGUAACGCAAUGGCCAGCAUUCCAAAAAUGGUCAAUGAAAUAUCUUGUAGAAAAAUAUGGGAAUAUUCAGUUUCGUGCAGAAGCUAUUGACAUAAAAUUAAAAAACUACGCACAGUACAGUGCGAACACACUAGACGAAAGCCCAUUAUAUUUGUUUGAUAAAAAAUUUGGGGAAAAAUGUGAUGGUAUUCUUGAAGAUUUUUUUGUGCCAGAAUAUUUUUCCCAAGACUUUUUUAAUAUUCUUGGACACGAUAGACCAGAUUUUCGAUGGAUCAUAAUCGGCCCAGCUCGCUCUGGAUCAACAUUUCAUAAAGAUCCGAAUUCAACUUCAGCGUGGAAUGCUGUUAUCAAGGGAUCCAAAAAAUGGAUAAUGUAUCCACCAGAUACUCUUCCACCAGGUGUUUUCACUAGUGCAGAUGAGGCAGAAGUUACAUCACCAGUAUCUUUGAUGGAAUGGCACUUUAACUAUUAUAAAGAAACACAAAAAUCAAAUAUGCGGCCUUUAGAAGGGAUUUGUCGUGCAGGUGAAAUGAUUUUUGUGCCAAAUGGAUGGUGGCAUAUGGUGAUCAACCUCGAAGAUUCUAUUGCUAUUACACAAAAUUUUGUUGGACUACAUAAUUUAUCAAAUGUACUUAAAUUUCUCCGCGAGAAACCCGAACAAAUUUCAGGAUUCUCAUCAGGUUCCUGGUCAUGUAAAACCAUUCACGAAAUUUUCUGUAAAAAACUUCAAAAAGUUUAUCCUGGAUUGUUAGAGAAACUUGAACUAUGUAAUGAUUCAUAUAAAGAUAACAAGCCAUCCAUAUGGGAACAGAUAAAGAAACCCAAUGAUGCAGAAAAAGGAUUUACAUUUAAUUUUUCUAAUAGCGAAUAA